CUUACUCAUAUAAAGAUCAUCAUGAAGCCCAAAUUCUCAUCAUCCCCUUUUAUCACCACUCCUCUUGCUUUUUCUCUCCUCCUCCUAAUCCUCCUCAACACCUUUGAGUACACCAUUGUUGCUGCUGAUCUUGUCCCAAAAACUUGCAAAAGAUGCGAAAACAACGAUCCAAACAUCGACUAUAACUUCUGCGUUUCGUCUUUUCGGGCCGACCCAGAUAGCGACUCAGCCGAUGUUCGCAAACUCGGCGCCAUAUCGUUGAGUUCGAUUCGAGACCAUGUGAGAAAUUCAGUUAAGCACGUGGAAAAGCUACUGAAAAAGGAGGUAGAUUCUUAUAAAAGGGCUCGUUUGAGGGAUUGCUUGGAACUUUAUUGUGAUGCCAUUGUCACUUUGGAGGAAGGGAAAAAGGCAUAUAGGGCAAAACAUUAUGAAGAUGCUGAUAUCAAAGUGAGCUCAGUUAUGGAUGCUGCUAGGGUUUGUGAAGAUGGGUUUGGGGAAAAAGAAGGCAUCUCAUCGCCAUUGACAAAGAGGAAUAAGGAUACAUUUCAAUUGACUGCCAUUGCUCUUUCAAUUAUCAACAUGCACCCCUAAUUUUCUUUGGCAAAUGAUGAUGAUUUUGUUUAAUAAAC